AGGGAGGCUGCGGGCAACCCCCCCCGCCGCCCCUCGGAGGGCUCCACGGCUGAAGGUGGCGCCCCGGGGGUGCCUCUGCUUGUGGGUAAAAUGCCGGCGGCUCCGGCAUCACGGAGCCCUGGGGGAGGUUGGGGGGUCCUGGGGGGCUGCGAGGGGCUCCCGGUGCCCGGCCCUGCCUCCCCAGGCCCGCCCCCCCUCGGUCCCUUGGAGUCCGCGGGGGCUGCCCUCAGCCCAGGUCACAUUUGCCUCUUUGGUAAUCUUUCAGACUGCAAAAACCCAUGCAAAUAAAAAGAGCCCUGUCUGCAACCAGUACGAACUGGGCAAAACAGUUAUAACGGUGGAUAUUGGCUGCUAAUGUCUUACACAGAAAGUGAGACUGAAUAACAUACACGUGUGGAUUUCUGGAGGAGAGACUGAAGGACAUCCUGUUUUGAUUUAGCAAUGUUAUUACUCUUUGGGGAUGAAAUGAAAAACUUGGUUAUGUUUUGGAAAUAUUCACAUUUCUAAUACAACUAAAGUUAACUAGGGUUUGGUUGUUUUUCAGUACAGAUUUCAACAAGUGAUGUCUGAAUGUGGGUUGUUCUUUUUAAACAAAGAUGCAGAACCUGUCAGUAGUAGAAAGUUGUAGUAAUACAGACAUGUCACUCUGGACAUCUCCGAGAGAUCUAGCAGUUGAAGUAGGUGGUAUAUCUCUCGAUGGGAGUGACUGUAACAUGAAUGAAAGGACAAAUAAUGAAGAAAUUACUAAUCCUGGGGUAAUGCAGCAAAGCCUCCCUGUAGUGAAUAGCAGCAGCAGAAGUGAGGGGUUUUCUGAGAGCAGUUAUUGUACCUCAGAACCCAGUGGUUCCUGGGGUGAUUUUGAAGGCUUCAGGGAGUCCUUAGGCAAAUCAGAGAGAUUUGAUCAUGAUCCUGAAAUUUCAGUGAAGUCUACAAAAACUUCUGAAGAUGAUACGGACUGGAGCAGGGGACAUUGCAGUACUUCUGCUGGUCACUUGUGUUCUGAGCCAUCUCUACACAGUGGGAUACAUGAUGUUUCGAGCUCUUUAAAUGAGGCAAACCACAGCUAUGAAGAUAUACUUAAGUUGGGCUUUCCAGAAGUCUUUGUAUCGCAGUCCAGAGAGAACAUAAGAAGCUUAGAUCAAGUACUUGAUACAAAUAAUGAAGAUGUUGGGAUUCCUGAGCUUAUGAAGAAUCAACUUUGCAUUGAUUCUGGAAACAUAUGGAGAACUCUUAGAGACUUAGAUAAUACCUCCAGAUUAAGACACCCCUGGAGUAAAUCUCAUUGCCAAGAAAACCUCUUGAGUGUUCUUGGAAUAGAUGCAAAUCGAACGGACUUUUCAAAGAGCCAGGAUGAUAUUUUUGAGGAAUCAGAUGUUAAAGAUAAUGAGGACUUUGGAUUUGAUGGAUUCAGUAUUAAUAACUGCAAAGCACUGAUCCAGACCAAGCUUUCUGUAUCACCAGAUUCCAGACAUGACCUUUUCACCUGUAACCUUUUUUUGAAAACCACAUCAUCAAAUGGAAACAAGCAACAUAUAACGAUCCCAAGAAAGAAGCACAUUUUCACUACACACAACCUAAAAAUGAAAUUUUUCAAUAAUGAUAUUUGUUGAACCAAGUGCACUUUUUAAACUUUUUUUCCUUCUUUUUGAACUGAAUGCAGUUCACCUUCAUUUUCUUACUGGCUUGGUACUAGAGACUACAUAUGUUCUUCAGGAAAGUGACAGGUACCUAAAGCCAUGUUAUUAGAAAGUAUUUAUCCUAUCUAGUUGUGAAAUCAAAGAUGUAAUUUUGUCCUGCUGAGUUUUGCUGCUGAAUCAUGUCUCUUACAGUAAGUCCAGCUGCAAUCACACUUUAAAGAUGCUCUGGUGGACUACUGUUCUGAACCACUGAUCUUUCAGGCCUUAAUGCCUUUUUGAUGAUAAAACUGUUUUCCCUGCCAAAAUCUAAACACACUUCACGUGUGUUGUAAAGUGUGCCUUGUCACCAUCUCUUCUAUUUUGUCCAGUUGGGAUCAGCUGAGAGCUGGUACUUCUCGUUGUGCUAAGCAGUAGCAAAGUGAGCCUUCUACAUCCUGUGGCUUUUGUUGGGGUUUAGGAAGAUAUAACUUCCAUGUCUGAUAGAGCCUGCUGUGGUAAUACGGGUAGUGUCAGUGGCGUGACUGGACUCACGGCAUUUUGAGCUGGCAUUGGUUUCUAACUGAAAUAAAUCACACCUCUGAAGCUGA